CGUUCUUUAAAGGGACACUGAUCUAUUUCAUGGCGGAGGUCUUCGAUGAGCACAGCUGAAGCGCAGAAAAGCAAAUACGAGCGACGUCGCCAGACAGCAGGCGAAAAAAGCUAGCUAGUUGUGUUCAGAGAGAAGAGGAGUGACGACGAGACUGCUUUAAAAAAAACAACAACAAUGUAUUUUCGAUGACAGACGCUCCUUUCUUCAAAGCUAGCUAACGUGUAUAUAUCAAUCCGAUCUUUGAAUUUAAACAGAGACGUUUGAUGUGAAGUCGGCCAGGGUUGUCCUGGAGCGAAAAUAAAAGGCCAAAACUGCGUUUCUGAGACGAAGGGAAUGUCUAAUUAACAUCUCUGUACGUGUCAAGCCUGUCAUUCCCUUCGUGUAGGUGCUAGUUACGGCGCUGGGAUUCUCUGUGGAAUGACCGUGUCAUGAUGCAGUCGCUGAGUCUCACCCCGCACCCAGGUGACGAGGGAGGGUGUCUCCGGCCGUCGGCCAAUCACAGAAGGUGCUUUAGGAUAGUCACUUCCUGUUUGUGUUCAUCAAUACUUCCUCUCGGAACCCUCCAGCCUCACUGACGUCCCGCCCCCUUGGCCGAAGUGCCAGGAUUCCGGUCUGGAAGAAGGUUUCGACUGCCCCUACAGGUUUGUUUAGGUGCUAUGCGUCUCUACUUCCUGGUUUACCGUGUGCUGAUGAUGUCACAGAAGGAAGUAUAGGACCUCUCUGCCUGUAGAACAUCAGCCUCCUUGCACUUUAUAGAACUUCCUGUUUCCUGCUGCUGCUUGCACAACAUCUCUCAGACACUCUUAAGGCUCUGACCUCUAACCUCUGAACCCCAAGCAGCCAUGAGGCACAUUCACGUAGAUCUGACGCGCGGCAGCAAGGAGGAUCUGGCUCCUGUGGAGGUUCCAUCCCACGAGGGGGACCUGUCUUCUCCUGCAGCCCCCUCACAGGGCCCUGAUCCUGGGGUGAUGGUUGGGGUUUCCAGGCACUUUGGUCAGGAGCAGCUGCGUCUCCAGAAGGUCUACCAGCUCUCUAUCUUCUCCCAGCUGGGAGGGUUCUCAACCUCCGACCCCCCCAGGACAAGUGAGGCCCAGCCGGGACAGGCCCCUCGGAUAGCCAGGCAGGGGGUCAAGAGGGGCCUGGAGGAGCCCAAGCUUAGCCACAAAUGGCCCCACCUUGCUGGGGACACAUACAGAGAUGGUGACACCCUGGAAGAAGGGGUUCUGUGUGGGCCAGGACCUGGGGUAGGGGUUGGGAUGGGGGUAGGGGUAGGGCAGGUAUUCUCCUGCGUCAUGGUCGAUCACAGAGACUCAGAUGGGGACCUGUCACCUAGAUCACCCCCACCUGAACCCCUCUCCCCCGGCCACACCCCCGCCAGACGCCCCGCCCAGCACAACCACGACAGGCCCGUCCCGGACCCGUGGGCUCCGCUGUCUCCCCACAGCUCCCCUGGCUCCCGCAGCCCCUUACCCAGCACAGAGCCUCCUUCUGAUCCUGGAGGGUCCGGGACGGGCUGCAGUAGUGGCUCCUCAUCGGGACAGCGUCAGCCCAACUCCUGCAGUGAUGAGGGUUCCUAUUGGGCCCCCGGAGCCUUCGAAACCCCCAAUCCCCCUGGACCUCCCCUCAGACCUACAGGCUCCCUCUCCCCCCACUACCUUCUCACCACAGACCCCAAGGGUCCCGGGGAGGGCAGUGAGUGUGGGGCCGAACUAGAAUCCACCCCGCCCCGUCCCAGUACCACAGCAUCCACCAACGAGCUGGCCUCCCUGGAGAAGAACCCCAGCACCAGCGGGUUCCGUGGGGUCCCCUCGGUCCCCUGCCCUGCUAAGAAGAAACUUCUAUCCUCUAGCGACACAGCUGAGUCGUGUUCGGAGGAUGAGGGCCCCUCUACCUCUAAGAGGAGCCGUCUGGCCCUGCUGGCCCCUGGCUUAGGGCUGGCCUCCUGCAGGGGCACCGAUGCCAAGGCUGCCCCCUUCUGGAGCCACCUGCUGCCUAACGCACAGGGCCGGGACCAUGCCAAGAGUGUAUCAGAAGUCAGCAGAACCAGCAGGAGGCUGAAAAGUCGACAGCUGCGUAGUGGACGGCGCACAGACACCUUGUGUCGUUCUGCUCGGUCAGGCUGGCCCUCUUCCUCAAUCAGCCGGUCACUGCUGGGCAACUUUGAGGAGUCGAUCUUGAAGGGUCGUUUCUCUCCGUCGGGUCGUAUCGAGGGCUUCACAGCAGAGAUCGGUGCCAGCGGAUCCUACUGCCCUCAACACGCCACUCUGCCUGUACACGUCACCUACUACGACAUCUCAGAGCACAGCGCACCCUCACCCUUCCUGGGAGUGAUCUCCUUGGAGCCUCUUGGAAAGAAGGGAUACAGCGUACCCAAAGCAGGGACCAUCCAAGUGACCUUAUUCAACCCCAAUAAAACUGUGGUGAAGAUGUUCCUCGUGAGCUAUAAUUUUGGGGACAUGCCCGUCAAUCACAUGACCUUCCUGCGUCACCGCAUCUUCCUGGUUCCCGUGGAGGAGGCGGGGCCAGGUGGAAAGGGGGAGGGGCCUACAGAGCCCAGGGCAACACCCACAGAGAGGAAGAAGAUUCUCUGCUACUUGAUACACCUCAGAUUCCAGAGCUCCAAAUCUGGGAAGAUUUACCUGCACAACGAUAUCCGGCUGCUUUUCUCCCGCAAGUCCAUCGAGGUGGACACGGGGAUCCCUUACGAGCUCAAAUCUUUCACCGAGGUGCCAAGAAACCCCAAAUACUCCCCCCGUGUGUGAUCCUACGGCUCCUAAUCCCUGACCCCUAACGCAGCCCAGAAUAGGGCAUAGACAAACUGCUCAGUACAUCGACGAGAACACUUGAAUAGACUUUACAUGCAUACAUACAUACAUACAUACAUACAUACAUACAUACAUACAUACAUACAUACAUACAUACAUACAUACAUACAUACAUACGCACAUACAUACAUACAUA